AUGAGCAGGAUUUUGGGGGAGCGGAGCCCCAUGAGACCGGGCAACUCACCACACAGGUCCGGCCCUUCCGCGGCUCCAGAGAUGCUGCCAGGGAAGGCAGAGAAGAGGAUGGCUUCAUCCAUCUUCAUCACUCUGGUGCCACCACGGAGGGACGUGGCCAACAAGGAGAAAACUCACCAGGAGCCAGAGCCGGGUGGUGCUGAGGACCCCGGCACCCACCGCCCCCCGAUCCCGCUGUCGCCCCCCACACUGCCCAACGGAGAAACCCAUCCAACUGUGCCUGUGCCUUCAUUCCCACCGGUCCUCAUCCUCUCCGAAGCCCCCCAGCCCUUGUCUGCAGAGUCGCUGUGUCCGGCACUGCAGCAGCUGGACCUUGCGGCACCCGCCACCCUCCAGCCGCCCAAGCUUUGCCAGGUGCAAGCGGACAAGCCGCAGUGGCAGGAUGCCAACGGGUACCCUGAGCGGGACAGCUCCAGAGACAUCUGUGCCUUCUGCCACAAAGCACUGGGGCCGCGGGAGCCGAUGGUGGAGGCGAUGAGGAAGCAGUACCACCCCGGCUGCUUCACCUGCCGCACCUGCCAGCGGCUCCUGGCCGGGCAGCGCUACUUCCAGAGGGAUGGGCAGCCCCUGUGUGACACCUGCUACCAGGCCACGCUGGAGAAAUGUGCCAAGUGCCAGGGGCUGAUCACGGAGCGCAUCGUCCGUGCCCUGGGCAAGGGUUUCCACCCCGACUGCUUCUCCUGCGCUGGCUGCAGCCGCGCCAUCGGCGCCGAGAGCUUUGCCGUGGACGAGAGGGGUGACGUGUACUGUGUGCCCGACUUCUACAGGAAAUACGCCGCGGUCUGCAGCGCCUGCGAGCGCCCCAUUGUCCCCUCUGAGGACAAGGACACCUACAAGAUCGAGUGCCUGGGACGCAGCUUCCACGAGAGCUGCUACCGCUGCGAGAGCUGCGGGACGCCGCUGUCCCCGGAGCUGACAGAGAAUGGGUGCUACCCCCUGGACAGCCACCUCCUCUGCAAGUCCUGCCACAUCCACUGGCGGAACGAGUCGUCCUGCUGAGACCCCACGGCUCACCCAUCUCUGUCGUCCAGUGCCAGACACCACAAAGGAGGUGUUUUGAGGGUGAUCCUGGGUGUCUGCUGCACCCCAAAAUUCCUGCAGAACUGGUGUUUUCAUCUCCAAAACAUACCUGGGCCCCUGACCCCCAGGGCUGGCCGGGGGAGCAGCGUGGAUAUAUCCCGACACAGCCCUGCACUCACCAUGAACAUGAAAUGGCCUGACAGAGCAGCAGUGGCAGAGCAGAGGUUUUAUUCUUUAUUUCUUUUUUUAAACUCCUUUUUUAAGGCCAGUUUGGUUUUCUUGGGUGUUUCUUCUUCCUUCUUGAGCCUCUUUGGGGUU